CUCCGUGCUGCGGAGCAGCAGUUGGCGGCGACGGACCGCCAGCAACUUGCCAGCAUCCUGGCCGCGGAGCGUGCCGCGCGCGCCGCCGCUGAUCAGAGGCGCCGCGAGGAGUGCGAUGCGAGCCGUGCCCGGGCGCUCCAGAACCUCGAGGCGCAGCGCGUGGAGCUCGCCGCAGUGGCCCCCGCAGCCUCGUCGCGCCUGGCCGCCGCGGGCGAAGUGGAGGCCGCGGCCUCUGCAGCAGAGCGACAGUCGCAUGCGCGGGCCGCUGAAACUGAGCAGCGCGCCGCCGCGGCGGCGCAGAUCGAGUUCUCCGCGAAGCAGGCUUCCGCCGGCUUCGAGGCCCGCGCGAUGCCGCGGCUUUGCCGGCGCGAAGCUCAGAUAUCGAAUCCGGAGGCGCAGCGCGGCGAGGAGCUCGAGGUGCAGACAGUGCUGCAGCAGCGCGUUGAUAUCCUCGGGCAGGGGAUCGACAGUUGGAAGCGCAUCGCAUCUCUGGCUGAGGAGCGGCGGGCGCUGCCGCCGCGGCGCUCUCUGGCGCUCUCCGGGCCUCCUCCGCCGCCGUUGCAUCGGCGGCCGGACCGCCUGACGGGGUUUUUCGUUUCCGCAGUCGGCGUCCUGGCGCAGCCGCGGCAUUUCGACAUGGUCGCGCCCUCGCGGCCCCUGGCCGCGCCGCAGCCAGCUGCCGCGUCCGAGCCAGCGCUGGCGCCUCGCGCGCAGCCGCGCCCUGGCCCGAAUUGCGGCGCGCAUAGGGCCAGGGCCGCGACGAGAGCUCGCAUCGCGGCCGCUGGCGCCCCUGGCGGAGGCGUCCCGCCAGAUCGCGUGGAUGGCGUCCCGCGGCCGGGGGGGGGCAGAAAGGGCAAGAGGUCACUCUCGAGGUCUUCGGAUUCGAUGGGGGGCGACGCCCGCUGGCGGAAGGGCGCGAUGCAGUCUUCGACGUUGGACUCGCCGCCGUCUGCCGUGGGCUUCCGGGAGUGUCUACAGGGCGCUCGGUGGAGGUGGGCGCGGCAGGCGAGCGCGGCAAGCGUGGUCGCAGCGCGUCGAGACCGUCGCGACAUCGCGGAGCCCGAGGCGCUAGCCCAGAAACAGAGGAGGCGGGGCGACCUCGACUCCACGCUUGCCGAGGCCGUCUUGGUCAUCGCCAGCGUCGGCCUGAAGCGCGAGCUGCUGAUUUGCCGCGAGGAGCGGUCGAGGAUGGACUUGCCGCUCUCCGGCCGUUGUGCGCUCUGCAUGGCUUAUUGCAGGUGCGCGGUCGAGCGCG